AUGUCUUCUGUAUUGAAUAAUUUCACCGUUUCCGUUGCAAAAGGUUUAAAACGUCUUAGGCCAAAGAAAGAGCUAUACGAAUCCUUGCUCCCGGGUUGCAGUAACUCAGUUCACAAUAAUACACCGAAACUCAAAAUGGAGAAGUGCCUCAUCGUGUCAAAGGUCACAAGAUACGAAUACGAGAAGCACUGUCACGAGAACAUAACAGACUCUGAAUUGGAAAGGAUACUUCGGAAACGAGGUUCAGACUUCGACUCCCUCCUGCAAAACCAUAAGGAACAGAAAGCGUUCGAGGACAUUGUCGCGAAAAGCCUCAAAGACUUCGGGGUGCAAGUCGAGAUGGCAAGCAGACUGAAAUACAAUGAUGAUCUGAUAAAUUGGUGCGACGUGGUGGUACCGUGUGGCGGUGAUGGAACAUUCCUUCUAGCAGCUUCUAGAGUGCGAGAUGCCAAUAAACCAGUAAUAGGUUUUAACAGCGCCCCUCAUAAGUCCGUUGGAAGACUCUGCUUACCCACAUGGUGUUCUAAUGACGUCAAAGGAGCUUUACAAGCACUAAAGGAGGGUAAAUUCAGAUGGAUGCGUCGCACCAGGAUAAGAACAACGAUACGUUGUGAACAGAAGCUUCUAGAUAAAAUCACACCCAUUGACCUUCACACUCUGCAUUAUAGCAGGUACCCACCGGUAUUGAACCACCACGACAGCGCAGAGACAAGAGAGGCGAGAACCAACUUUAACAACACUAUGGAGCCCAGUACAACACUAUCUUCUAAAGUUCUACCGUAUUUAGCGCUCAAUGAGGUGUUCAUAGGUGAGAGCGUGACGUCUAGAGUUUCGCUGCUCCGACUACAGAUCGACAACGGCAAAUGGACGCACACGAAGAGUUCCGGAUUGUGCGUCACUACCGGAACAGGAAGCACUUCUUGGCAUUUUAGUAUAAAUUGCCUCCGCACCCAUUCAGUAUUGGAGCUAAUGAAGAUUUUAUCCGAAGAGUACGAAGUGAAGUUAGACACGAGUCUCGAGAAGGCGCGUGAAGUCGCAGAGAGAUACAACCAGAAGCUCAUGUUUGCACCAGAUUCUGAGCAAAUAGCCUACAGUGUUCGGGAAUACAUAACGUUUGAGGAAUGGCCCGCCCCCAGAGGACUACGGGUUAGAGACAGAGUUUCAUCGGUGAAAGUCAAGUCGCAUUGCACUGAUGCUGGUUUAGUCGUAGACGGGAGCGUAUCGUUUCCCUUCAACGAUGGAUGUGAAGCAACGCUGGAAGUGCACCCGGAAGACGCGCUCAUGACUGUACAUAUGGACGACGAGUUGCCACACUGA